AUGGAUGACGAUCUGUAUCCUCCCUUUGACAGUCACCAGCAGAGUGCAGUGAUGACAGGGAAUCAAACUUCUUCCGUUAAGUGUGAUAACUUCAUUUACAACCCAGAUGUUGUCCCAGCUCUCUACCUUUUGAUGCUCCCCAUAGCGUUGUUGCUGAAUAGCGUGGCAGCCUGGGUGUCUCUGCACCUCAAGUCCACCUCCACCUUUGUGGUGUACCUGAAAAAUCUAGUAGCUGCUGACAUUAUCAUGACAUUGGUCAUCCCAAUCAAAACUGCAAGAGACCUGCCGGGCUUUAUCAGUCUGGACCGGUUCUUCAAGAUCAUGAUGCCCCAUAGCAAGUUUAGUCAGAAUCUGACCUUUAGCAAACUAAUGUCAGGCACCGCCUGGGUAGUACUCAUUGGAGGCGCAGCUUUACCGAAUAUCAUCUUAAGUAGUAACACAUCAGUGGCCAAUAUGACAGAGGUCACUAGCUGUAUGCAGCUAAAAGGACCGGCUGGACUCAAAUUCCAUGAAAAGGUAGUGAUUUCCCAGAAUGUUUUCUUCUGGCUCGUCAGUGUGGUCAUUGCGGUUUGCUACAUUUGCAUCGCAAACAAGGUUAUCCAGUCUUUUCGAAACUCCGGCAGCAGCAACAAUCAGGGACAGCAGAAGAUCCAUCUACGUGUUUUUCUGGUCGUCAUUGUGUUUGUUGUGUCUUUCGGACCAUACCAUAUUAUCAGCAUCCCGUACACUUUUGAACAGGUCAGGGAUUCUUCCUAUAACGGCUGCUCUUACUUUACCAGCAAGUUGGCCAAGGAACUGAGCCUCUGGCUUGCCAGCACAAACGUCUGCAUGAUCCCACUUCUCUACGUCUUUCUGUGUCGGGAGUUCAAGGAGAAACUGGUGUCCAUGAUGAAAGAUGUGUCCAACUCAUUCCAAGUCGCCUUAGCAGGCAAAGCAAAAGUCCCUUCACCACAGAGUGGAGACUGA